CUCAAGUUCAACAGAUUUUUGAAAAUGGAAGUGCACGUGACCAAACAUAUUUGUCCACUACCGUUAGUUCUUCGGAUAUUCCCAGUGUCAGUAAAACCGCCGAAGACGCCAAAACAGGAACGACGCUCAGUAAAGAUGGCAACGUCACAGUUUCAGGUGAGAAAGAUAAUGCUGGGGUGGAAAUUCAACGUCUGAUAUUAAACAGCGCAGACACCGACUAAUAAAAAUAAAACUAGGAACAUAACACAAACUAAACAUCCUUCACUUGAAGAACUAUAUGAAGAAAGAUGUUUUUUUGUAAAACUAAACACAUUUUGGAUGAGACACCCCACCCUCUUCAUCACAGAUACAUAGGAUCGGGCUGUUCGGGACGAAUUCUUUCCAUCAGAGCGAGGACUGAAAGAUAUAAACAUUCUUUUGUUCCCCAUUCUUUAAGAAUCUACCGGCGUGCUCCCUCUGAAGUCACAUAUCUUCAUGAGAACUAAUAAGUCCCUGAUUUGGCCAAGAGAACUCACUUAAUGACUGUUUGAGAUAAUUUAUUAUAAAUGUUUUGUGUUCAAAUUGUUCUAUUUAUGUGCUGAAAGUGUAUAAUGCAAUCAAAAAAAAUUCCCACUUUUUUGGAUCAAUAAAAGAAUAUUAUCUUAUCUUAAAUCAUUUCUUCCUCAACCGUGUGUACACUGUGUCUUUUUCUAUGCAUACAAUAAGUCAGUUUGGCUUCUGGUUAGUAAAAUAACAUUUUACUCUAUGUCAUUUGGAUAACAAACAAAAUGCAUCCCCUGUAAUGUAUGUCCUUUAAAAAUUUUGAAGCUUGAUGAAAACCAUUUAACUGAUUUUGUUUCCCUGGAUCAUAACAUUGUAUAAACACACACGCUUAAAAUAAUCCUUAUAUUUUAUUGUUUGGAUUAGAGUGAACAAUAAAUUGCUAUUUCAUAAAUUGCGUCUUCCCAGUUAGCAAUCAGAUUUAAAAAAAAAAAAAAAAAUUAUAAUGAAUAUAUUUUACCUUUUUAUUGUUGUAGAUGCAAACACUGUUCAUAUUGCGAACACGAGAUUCGCGAUAUUAGAAGAAUCGGUGCUCUCACUCAAAAAGACAACAGAACGAGGCCAAGAAAAACAGAAGCAUGUUGAUAGGGUAUUAAAAGAUCUGACAACUCAACAGGAAAAUGUUAAUAAAAAAGUUGAAAUAUUAACGAAUGCAAAUUUAAAAUCUAAGAAAGAAAUUAAAAAAAGAAUACUGGACCUUGAAAUGACGAGCCAAGACAUUUCGUCAAAUGUUGAUCAAUUGUCUGAAACUGUAAGAAAUGUCGAUGUCCAGUUAAAAAGAUUAGAAGAUGAAAAUAAGUCUGUCAAUGUCUCAAUGAAUGAACUCAAUAAACAGAUCAGCUCUGUUAGAACUUGUAGCAAUGACGUCCUUAUGUCUAUAAAAGAUUUGUCAAAGAACGUCGAGAGUACAAAUCAACAUUAUAAUGAAAUGUCUAAUAAAAUAAAUCAACUGGAAAUCUCUAUUGAUCUCAUGUCGUCUCAGUGUACAGAACAGAUUGAAAAUAUGAGCAGCGCCAAUAAGGACACUUUUGAGGAAUGUGUACGUAUUGGAAUUUAUUUUUACUUAAAAUAGACAUAAUUAAAUUAUGUAUUUAAUUUAAAUGCUGAUUCUGCAAAAAGAAUAUUAAAAAAAAACACCCCCACAAAAUAAUUAUUUAUUAAAAACUUUAUGUACCAUACAAAAAGGCGAAGUUAUAAUUUGAAUAUUUAAAUAAUGACAAUAAGUAAGAUCAAGUAAUGUGUUUGUGGAGACUGUUUAUGACUUUUUUCUCCAGUUACUUUUUUUUUUCCUUUGAAUACGCGCAUUUUUGGAAGACGAUUUGCGUUCAGCUUUUAAAAAUGAUAAUAAGUUUGUUUUUUACCCUCCUUAUUAUUGACCACUGAGACUGGACCUACGUAACAAGCCGGCCCUCAUUUUUUAAUGCGAAACCUUUCACUGGUGGUUUACUUUUUUUUCUAAUGCCAUGGCUCUAUUUCUCUAUCCUUUGCGAAUAUGUAAAUACAUCAAUUUCAUGACAUAUCAAUCAGUGCUGCAUAAAUUCUUGAUUUUUUGAAAUGAAUAAUAUUGAAAAUAACUUAAUACCAGAUUGAAGUUGGAUUUUGUAAACCUGGACAUUAGUGUUUGCACAGUUUUUAAGGAAUGAUAUACAAUUCAUAAAGGUAUACACAAACAAAUAUCUAACCAUUUGUGUAAUACAUGCAGUUAUUCUAAGUUGUUUCAAGCUAAUUAUUUUGAUGAAAGUCUUUGUAAACCUUAAAUAUGAUAUUUAAAACCAAAAAAAAAAAAAAAAAUAAUAUUUUCUUGAACAAUGUAUAGAUCUAGAAGCACAGUGAACCUUUAAAAAAAAAGUUUUUUGAAUUAAGAUAAUUAUUUUGAUGAAAGUUUUUGUAAAACUUAAAUAUUAUAUUUAAAAACAAAAAAAAAAAAAAAAAUAAUAUUUUCUUGAACAAUGUAUAGAUCUAGAAGCACAGUGAACCUUUAAAAAAAAAGUUUUUUGAAUGGUCAGACUUUAUUGUAGGGGAACGACAUGAUGUUUGUUUUUUUUUUAGAAAAAAUGAACAUUUGAUUUAUAAGACCUCAGACGGUUAUGAUAUUAAUUUCCUCUUCACACAGAUUGGAAUGAUUUGUCAACUACUAAACAGGAGACUGACUCCGUUGCAAAAACUGAAUGAGACUUUAAACAGGAAAGUUAAUACUUCUGAGAAACAACUUCGUAAGGUAUGCUUAGUGUUUAGCUAUGCGUCAUUUCAAGUGUAAUAUUAAGUGUUUAUUUAUGUGUCAUUUCAAGGGUAUUUUUAAUGUUUAGUAAUGUAUCAUUUCAACGGUAAGUGUUAUUUUUAGUUAUGUGUCAUUACAAGAGUAUAUCCAGUGUUUAGUUUUGUGUCUUUCAAGUGUAUUUUUAGAGAUAAGUAUGCGUCAUUACAAGGGUAUUGCUAGUCUUAAGUAAUGCAUCAUUGAAAUGAUGUGUUUAAUGUUUAGUCAUAUGUCAUUUCCAAGGAAUGUUAAAGGUUUAGUUAUGCGUCAUUUGCAGGGUAUAUUUAGUGUUUAGUUAUGCGUCCUUACAAGAGUAUGUUUAGUGUUAAAUUAUGCGUCGUUACAAGAGUAUGUUUAGUGUUUAGUUAUACGUUAUUACAAGGGUAUGUUUAGUGUUUAGCUGUGCGCCAUUACAAGUGAAAAUUUAGUGUUUAGUAAUGCGACAUUUCAAGGGUAAUUUUAAUCUAUAGUGAUGCGUUAUGCUUUUUAAAAUAAUUCAUUUUCUGAAGUUCUAUAGUUUAUUUUCCCCAUGUUGUUAAUUUUAACAAUUAAGCGUUUGUCAAAUGUUGCAUUUGUUAUGUCUCAAUCGAGUACAGGAAGAUGAUACCGAGAACCGUCUGGCUGCACUGUCCACUGCAC